ACGCCCCCCGCGCGCGACAUGCUGAGUAACCGAGCCCUGAGCAACGCGCCGUCGCGCGCGGCGCCUUCGAACGCGAAGUCGUCCGAAAACGUCGCCGCGUGCGCGAUGCAGCGCGGCCCGCUCACGCGGCGGCAGCACCUCCUCGCGAGGAACCGCUCGGAGAACGAGCGCGCGUCGAGGCUCCUCUCGCUGAGCGACGACGUCCUCGGGCACGUCUGCUCGUUCCUCGACGGCCGCGACCUCGCGAGGCUCGAGACCGUGUGCACGCACUUUAAGCACCGGUCGUGGGUCGCGGUGAACGAGGCGUCGCUGCCGGAGCAGAGCGCGAAGAGGAAGCUGGACGCGAUGACGUUGGGGGAGAUGCCCCCCGGAUUCAGGUACGCGCUUUCGCUCUCCGGGCGCUUUUACCGACAGAUUUCGCGCGAGCAUCGUCGCCGGACGCGCGCGCGCGCGCGCGCGCGUCGUGUCCUCGCGCGCGGGUUCGACGACGCGAAUCGCGUAUCGAUCGCGCGUAAGACGCGUUCGCGCGUUCGCCUCGCGCGCGUCGGCUCCUCGCUCGCCCCCUCGCCCCUCCCCGACGCGUCUCUCGGGUUUUCCGAGGACACCGUCCGUGUACAGGUAUCCGUCCGCGCAGCCUCGCCUGACGCGGCUCGCUUCUUUUUCUGUUCGUUCGAAACCGCGCAGGAAGAUGAAGUACACGCGCAAGCUGUCCGUCGUCGAGCAGCGGGGGAUCCCGCUGACGCACGAGAACGUGACGACAGGCAUGUGGGUCCGCGUGAAGAAGGACGUGGAAUCGGUGAAGAAGAUGACUAUGCCGUCGGAUGGGAGCAAGGCAUGGACGACACCGUGGGAAAGCCCUUCCCCGUGGGCGUCGUCUCCAAGGCGUAUCGGCAGUCGCCGGUCGUCGGGUUAUCCGUCCCGAACGGCCUCGUCGCCAUCGCCGGAGGGCGAUACCCGACGUACGGGUGGUACUACCCGCUCGAGGCGCUAGAGCACGUGUGA